GUCACUUGAGGGUUGCCUGUGUGAUGCAGACCAAGACGUCCAAACCCAACGGCAAGCCCACAGCCACUCAAAACGCACCGGUUCAAUCAGAUUCUGAUGGAUAUAGUGAUGUGGGGGUUGAGGAUGAGCUAGCUAAUGACCAUGCCCUCCUUGAAGAGAAUGGUGCUGGAACGGACAGUGACGAUGGACAAGACUCGUCGGUUAGUGACAAUGACGUGGAAGGCAGCAGUGAUGGAUCCCAAGGCGGGAUGGAUCAAGAUGCCAGUAACGAUCAAGACUUGAGCGGCGGGUCAGACCAAGAGCAAGGUGAGUUAUCGGCGUCGCAAACAGCGUGAAAAAAGAAGACCCACGGUUGCGGGUCCUCUUUCCCUCGGAUCUCCUACAUAGAGGUCGCCGAAGCAAGAGGCCGCCAAAGUUUUUUGCCUCGAGCAUGUAUGACAUGCGUCAUUCGAGUGCGAAAUGGUUAAACGUGGAAUAUAAAUUGAAUCAUAGCGGUCCGGUGCACUCGACAUCUUUGAGUGUAUCUGACAUGACCGGAGUUUCGAUACAUGCCACGCCGGACGUUGAGGAACGAGUCAAGAAGGAUGUUGGAGAGUUUGUCACACUUUUGAGUGAUUUCAAGGCAAAGGUUGUUGAACUGCGUGCGAGGCUGGCGGUGACGAUUGACGGUGUGCAAAACGGAUCCAUACGCACAUCCAACGGCGUCAGUCUCCUCGAAGUCAAAGUCCACAGUAUACUCAGCUAUCUCACCAACCUCGCUUUUUACCUUCUCCUCAAACUCCACGGCCACUCUCCACAAAACCAUGAGGCGAUAUCCAAUCUCGUGGAACUCCGCAUCGUGCUCGAGAAAAUUAAACCCCUUGAACAGAAACUCAAAUACCAAAUCGAUAAGCUCGUCAAGGCUGCUACCAUGCAUGAAGAUCAACAAGACGUGACAGGACCAGUCUCCGCCCUACAAGACCCCCUUGCAUUCAAACCCAACCCUGCUGCGAUGGUAUCCUCUGCAACCAACAAUGACACAACAGAUGGACAAGAUGAAGCUGGUGGUGUCUACAGACCUCCAAAGCUGGCACCCAUGCAUUAUGAUGAACAAGGUGGCCGCACCAAGACAGGCCGCCUAACCCAAGCCGCCAAAGAAAAAGCCUCACGCUCGCGACUCCUCCGGGAUCUCCGCUCCCAGUACGACGACCGACCCGAAGAAAUGACGGCAGAAGGAACAGGUUACGGGGCUCACGAAGUAGGCGCGAGCAAACAGGACGAGAAAUGGGCGGAACGGGAGCGAUUUGAAGAAGAGAAUUUUAUACGGUUGAAUAUGACGCGUGAAGAUAAGCGUUUGGCUGCGAAUCUAAGGAAAAAGGGGGCAUUGAUGAGAUUCCAGGAUGAAUUCCAGGCUCUGGAAGAAGAUUUCCGCGACCUCUCUAGCCUCCAGCGGGCCGUUCAAGAUGAAGACGAAAUCCGAUACGGUAAGGGCGUCCUCCAGAAACAGAACCGCCGUGCCGCCGAAUUCGGAACCGACCGUCACGGCCGAAAACGCAAAUUCAAUAAUGCUGGGGAAAUGAUUUCGGAUGUUGCCAAGAUUGAGAGGACCCGAGGAGGUGCUGAUGAAUUUGGCAAGGAGGUGAAAAAGCGGAAACGGGCAUUGGCGAAGAAAAAGUAGCUUUAAGUAUAUUGGGGCAUUCUUCAUGUAUAUAGUAUUUAUUUGAAAUAGAGCAUUCUUUUUUCGUUUAUAUGAUAA